AUGCAGGAGAAGCUGGUCCACGUGGCCGAUCACCUCGAGGCCGAGAGGUCCGAGAUCCUGGAGCUGAGCCAGCGUCUGGAGGCCAUGGAGGGGCAGCUCGCGGAGGGCGGGCCGGGGGCGCCGCGGGGGUUGGACGCUGGCGCCGGCGCCAAGGUGCAGGGCGAGCUGGAGUCGCUCUCAGAGCGGCUGCGCGGGCUGGAGGAGGGCACCGAGCCCAAGUUUCAGGGCCUGCUGGAGGCACUCUCCGAGCGGCUUCGUGGGCUGGAGGAGGGUGCCAAGGUGGAAGCGCUCUCGGAGCAGCUCGGCGCGCUGAGGAGCGACCUGGCGGGGCUGUCCAAACGGCAGGGCGCCCUCGAGGAGGGCGCGGAGCUCAAGGGCGAGCUGGAGGUGCUCUCGGGGCGCCUCAGCGCGCUGGAGGAGGGCGGCGGAGCCAAGGGCGAGCUGGCUGCGCUCUCGGAGCGGCUGCUCGUGCUGGAGGGUGCCGAGACCCCCGAGGACCUGAGCGAGCUGCGCGGGGAGGUGUCGCAGCUGGCCAAGCAGGUGCUGGAGCUCCAGGGCGAGCGCUCCAGCAGUCCGGUCGGGUCGAAUGGGCCUUCCUCUCACGAGCUGAGGGGCGAUCUGGAGCAGCUCGAGGAGAAGCUCGGCUCCAAGGUCGGCGCCGUGGGGCAAGAUGCAUCGGAGGCGAAGGCGGCGGCCGCCGAGCUGUCGGGCACGGUUUCCGAGCUGCAGGAGGUCGUCCAGAAGCUCGCGGGGCAGCCCUGGAAGGAGGCGCUCGACGAGCAGCAGAAGACCUUGAAAGACAUCCAGGGCAGGCUGGGCGGGCUCGAGGGUGACGAGGCGGCCCUGGGGGCUCUGCGCGACGGCCUGCAGGAUCGCACGAAGGACGCGGAGGCGCUGCGCGGGCGGGUGGAGGCCAUGGAGCAGCGGGUGACGCCGGCGCUGAUCGACGAGCUGAAGGGCGCAGGCAGCGAGCUCAAGGCGAGCGCCGAGGCCGCAGCCGCCGAGGUCGCGGGCGAGCUGGAGGCCCUCCGCAAGCGGCUGGCGGGCCUCGAGGCGACCGCGGGGCCGCCGCAGGACCAGGAGGCGCUGGCCGGCGGGGGCGCGGCCGCGGUGGCCGAGGCGGAGGCCCGGCUUGCGGCGAGGCUGCAGGCCCUCGAGGAGCAGCUGGCGUCCCGCCCGGCCAGCGGCGGCGGCGGCGGCGGCGGCGGCGGCGACGACUCCAAGGCGAGGGCGGAGGUGCAGGAGAAGGUGUCCGAGCUGACGGCGCAGCUCGCGAGGGAGCUGGAGGACCUGGCGAGGCACAGGGAGGAGCUCCAGAGCGUCGCCGGCGCUGCCGUCGAGAAGGCCUCCGCGGAGCCGGGCGCCGAGGCGCUGCGAACGCAGCAGGCUGCCCUGGACUCGCUGGCCAAAGACGUGGCGGAGUCGGGCAAGCGGGCCCAGGCGGCGGAGGAGGCUCUGCACGGGCUCCGGCUGGAGCUGAGCCAGAUCCGCAGUGCCUCCCCCAAGGUGGGCAUCAGCGUCGGCGGCGGGGCCGACGACCUCCGGGAGCGGAUGGACCUCCUCGACAAGCAGGUCGGGGAGCUCCGCCUGCAGCUGAAGGGCAAGGCGGCCUUGCUGGGCCACGCCAGGGGCAGGAGCCCCGCCGGAGAGGAGCCUCUGGACUUCUCGCUCACGGGGGCCAGCGAGCAGGCGCGAGGCAACGCCAACCUUGGGGAGGAGCCCCUCGACUUCUCGCUCACGGGCGUGAGCGACCGCCCUGCGAACCUCGGGGACAGCCUGAACCUCUCCCUGACAGAGGCUGCCAAGAAGGACGCGCUCGCCUCGGAGCCGAGGCCGGCGGGCGCCGCCGCCGGGAGCCCCUCCGGCGGCGGCGCGGCAGGCGUGGGGCUGAGCGGCGCGGCUGCCGCCACGGCCGGUGGAGGCGGCGGCCGCUCCAAGCCCUCACCGCUGAAGCUCGAGGCCGAUGGGCCCCUGUCCCCCGUGCAGGAGGGCAGCGUCAGCGGCGACCGACGGAGGGCCACCAGCGCCGCCCAGCCCCCGGAUGCGCUCGGCGCGCUGCUGGCGGGCCAGCAGUCCGCGGCGUCGCCCGCGGGCGCCAGGCGGUCGCCCUCCGCGGCCUCGCCCGUGGGCGCGGGGCCCGCGGCCGCGCCGCCCGCGAAGUCGCCCGCGAAGUCCCCCGCGUCGGACCGCCUGGCCGCGAGCAUGCAGAGCCAGCUCGGGGAGUCCCUGGCGAGCCAGUCCGGCCACGAGGUGAGCCUCUGCGCCGACUACAGCGUGGAGGACUCCACCGAGCUCGAGAAGUGCGACUACUUCGAGGCCGUGGAGCCCCGCAGCUCGCCCCGCGAGGGCCCCGCCGCCUCCCCCAGCGGCUCCCCGGGCGGCGCGCUGGACGGCAUCCUCGGGGCCCGGCCCAGGCCCGCGGAGCUCGGGUCCGUGGGCCUCACGCCGGUAGCCGAGGCCCCGAGGUCUGCCGCCUCGACGGGCACCGUCAUCCGGCACUCCCCAGAGGCCGCCGGCCCCGCCGCGGGGGGCGCCGGGCAGGGCGCGGCCGCGGGCGCGGACGACUACGCGGACGAGUCUUUCGACGAGGACAUGUCCAUCCCGGAGUCGAUCCCCUCGGGCAGCUCCGGCGGUGGCUCCGGCAGCGACGACGAG